AAGGCGUUGCAGUCCAUCUUUGUCAUCAGCACCCUCGUUAUGCUCAUGUGGGGGUCGUCCUUGUGGAUGCAAUUGUCGUUUGACUUGGGCUUGAAGGGCAAGAAGAAGCUCAUUGACUUCAAAGACGACGGCUUCAUCCUCAAGUUCUUGCUCUUCAUCUCGUACGGGUUUAACGACUCAAUUCUGCAAGUGUGGGCGUACUGGCUCAUGGGCCAGUUCUCGGACGACUUGGGCACGCUGGGCCGGUAUGCUGGCUACUACAAGUGCGUGCAGUCGGGCAUGGCUGCCGUGUCGUGGCGCCUGGGGGGUAUUCCCAUCUCCCCCAUUGCCACCGUCGUGGUCAACUGGGUGCUGGCCACCAUCGGGAUCAUUUGUGCCUACUUCUCCGUCAAGACCUACAUGGAGGACAAGUCGACCGAAAACUACGAAGGCGUGGAAUCCCCGUCGGACAAGAAGGCCGUGUCCUUGCAUUAACCGGGUUUGGUGCAAUCUGCUGGGUCUAGUUUUGUGUUUCCACUAACGUUUCGACUACUAACGUUAAUGAGUAUUUGUACAUAC